CAAUGCAAAGCAGCCACAGCAGCAACGGGCGUGCGUUUUGUGUGCCGUGGCGAGUUUAAGGACUCACCAGGACACGUGGAUAAAGUUAUAAAAGGAGUACGAACAUGUUUUGCUUCCCUGGAAACAGGGAACUUUUAAGACACAUUUAAGAAAAGCUCGCUAACAUGGAUCUGCUUCCAGCCCAGGAGGCUGCCAAAAUCUACCACACCAACUAUGUGAGAAACUCUCGAGCCAUCGGCGUCAUGUGGGCCGUGUUCACCAUCUGCUUCGUCAUCAUCACCAUGGUGGUCUUCAUCCAGCCCUACUGGAUCGGGGACAGCGUCAACACCCCGCAGGCCGGGUACUUCGGCCUCUUCCACUACUGCAUCGGGAACGCGCUCACCUCGGAGCUCAUCUGCAAGGGCAGCGUGCUGGACUUCGCCUCCAUCCCCUCACCGGCCUUCAGGACCGCCAUGUUCUUCGUCGGGACCUCCAUGCUGCUGAUUGUGGCCACUAUGGUCUGCUUCAGCCUGUUCUUCUUCUGCAACGCCGGGAACGUCUACAAGAUCUGUGCGUGGAUGCAGCUGGCCUCAGCUGUGUUGAUGGUGAUGGGCUGCAUGAUCUACCCGGACGGCUGGGACUCUCCGGAGGUGAAGAGGAUGUGUGGCCAGAGGACGGAUAAGUACAGCCUGGGGAACUGCACGGUGCGCUGGGCCUACAUCCUGGCCAUCAUCAGCAUCCUGGACGCCCUCCUCCUGGCAUUUCUGUCCUUCACUCUCGGCAACCGUCAGGACAAACUGCUGCCGGAAGACUUCGAGGUGGAAGGAGGAGCAGCAAACCCCUGAUGAACAUGGACCUUCAGGACCACAUGGACCUUCAGGAGUGAUCAAGAUUAAAUGAACCAUUUCAUAAUGUAGUUCAGGUCAAACUGCUCACCUGACUCGUUGUGACCUUUGGUUAAU